GGAACUCCAUUCUUUGCCAUGGCGACGGAGACGCUGCCGUCUGUUUUUAACAAACACUAUUUACCCUGUUCUCUCCUUUUGUUGUUAUUCACGAAUGUACUUUAUUGUCAGCAGUUUAUCGUCCCAUUUAAGACUCCUGCAGACUGCGGUGUUGAAGAGUUUUACGACAUUUCCAGCAUGUCGUGUGUGAGGUGCGGUUCAAAUCAGCUGCGGAGCAUAACAGGACUGACCUGAGUUUGCAGAACUGGUUACCGGACUGUCACUACUGAUAAGGCCUCCAUCACUUGUCAGCAGUGUCCCACUGACCAACCUGCGGUCACAAAGGAUGGUUUUGGGUGCAUUCGCUGUCCAGGCAGCAUCAGUGAUGACGGAAAGUGUCUGUGUCCAGCAGACACCGUUCUGGUGGAAAGGGAUGUGAAUGGUAACUUUCUGGAUGAGGCCAAGUGUGAAGCCUGUAAUGGAAACAUCCCUGCUCUCUCUGUACCAAACACCUUUGGAGACAGAUGUGAGAGAUGUCAGGCUUCCUUCAUUAACACCUCCUGUGUGUGUAGCUCUCCAAACAUCCUGGCAGGUGGAUUAUGUUUUCCUCCAGGCAUCCUCGCACCAAACGCAAACCCAAAUGUCAACUAUGCUCAGUUGAAGUUCAGUGUCCAGUCUGCCUGGUUUGUGAAAAAUCUGUACUCUUCAGCAGCAGCCUGCCUUGUCUUUUCUAACCUAACCGCCUGCCAGGCCCUGGGGAACAUGUGUGUGUUGAACAUGCACUCCUUCAGUGGUGUUUCCAACGACGCCUGUGGCCUUUUUAACGCCAUCUUUAGAUCCAAAGCUGCCAUGAGCUCAACUCACGACAUUUCCUACUGGAGAUCAAAUCUACCCUGGCUUUACUACGGAGAUGAACCUGGACUGGCAGGACGAGUUCUUCAGACUGACCCUGUUCCUGUUAGUUUCAGCUUUAGAGGAAAAAAUAAAAACACUGACAUUAAGCUGCUCACUGCUGUCUAUGAUGUCGGAGGACAGUUUGUCAGGUGGGAAGCAAUAGGACGGGGUAAUCUCCAGCUCUGCCCUGACACAGCUGUCAAAAAGUCUGCAGCUCUCAGCUUUGGAACUGCCUACAAAGAAGGCUGUGAUCUCUCAGUGGCAGACUUGUUAGAGAACCAUCCCACGCCUCUUUUCUACGAUGUGUUCAUGGACCUUGGUGGCGGAGAAAACAGGAAGCUGCUCCCUCUGCCCACGCUGGUGUAUAACCAGCAGUACAGUGGACGGUUCAUUAACCAAGAGAGCAUGAAGAACUGGUACCUGUCUCGGCGCAUGUUUGUUGUCGACACAUUGAGUGGUAGAGAGAAGAGUGUGAGCCUGUUGCCUAAAGUCAUCCGUGUGGCCACCAGCGUCAAAAUUAGGUUCCAGCUGGUUCCGAGAACGCAGCAAGGACAAGUGUUUCCUCCUCUAAUGAUCAUAACCUACUCUGAUCUCCUUAUUACUGACGUCAACAGUCAAACUGUUUCUGUAACAUUUGCAGUGGAGUAUGAGAUGGAUCAGAGUGACGCUCGCAUGAAGACAGAUACGGCCCUUGGCGUGUUGGGCGGCUUGGCCGUGCUUUACUCUCUCCUGAAGACCGUCAGUUGGAAGAGAAGGAUCGGUUCUACGCUCAUUGAUGCUGGAACGAUGUUCAAGUUUCUGUUGUUUUAUUCUGGAGACCUAGCCAACGUUUUCUUCGUAGUCACCGCAGGAACCGGGCUUUACUGGCUCAUUUUUUACAAGGCUCAGCAGUUUGUGUCAGUGUUGUUACCACUGCCGGCACAGGAGGAGCAGUUUGUGACAUACAUUGGAUGUGCGUUCAGUCUAAAGGCCAUCCAGUUUCUCCACAAGCUAGUCCUCCAGGUGUCAGUUGAUAUUUUUCUGAUCGACUGGGAGAGGCCACGAAGCAAAGCCGGCAGGACAGUGCAAGCUUCCGGUGACUCAAAGCGCGACCCUGUUCCCGUCAGCAUCUGGAGAACCUACUUUGUUGCCAAUGAAUGGAAUGAAAUCCAGACCUUCCGCAAAAUCAGCCCGACGUUUCAGAUCAUGGCUGUGCUCUUCUUUCUUGAGGUGGUGGGUUUCUCUAACCUGGCACUCAGAGACCCCUGGUCAAAUUUAAGCCGUUCCAGUCAGGCCUACGCUCCUUCAUACAGCCUGAUUCUUCGCUAUGGUCUGGCAACUUCCUUAUGGAUCUGCAUUGGACUGCUGCAGGUGAUUUUCUUCACUGUGAUUUAUGAACACUUUUUUGAGGACAAAAUCCGUCAGUUUGUCGACCUCUGCUCCAUCAGUAAUAUUUCUGUGCUGCUGUUAUCUCACCGAUGCUUUGGCUACUACAUCCACGGGCGCUCAGUCCAUGGCCAUGCAGAUACAAAUAUGGAGGAAAUGAACAACAACCUGAAAAGAGAAGCUGAGUCACUGUGUGGUCAAAGAGGGCUGCUUCCUAACACUGACAUUCAGACCUUCCAGGUGUCUCUGACCAAUCAUCUAAGGUCGCACUAUGAGAGGAUACGGGAGCCACUCAGCAGGAGGAGUGGACCGUCACGGCUGAUGGACACGUCAGUGGCCAACCCUUUCGAGCAGAACAUCAGAGCGUACCACACCAUGAACCACUUCCUUGGGUCCAUCAUUGACCACGCCCACCCUGACAUGGACUACAUAGUGAAGGACAAGCUUAUGUUUGAGAGGGUCAUAGGAAUGGAGUUUCUGGAACCCACUGAAAAAAGCAUCUUCUACAACGAUGAAGCCCACUCCUUCAGUAAUGUGCUGUUUUAUGGAAACGAGGCCACGCUGCUGAUCUUUGACACUCUGUUUUUCUGUGUUGUCGACCUUGGCUCUCAGAGUUUUGUGCUGGCAGCCGUUCUUACAUAUGUCCAGCAAAUGAUUUUUGGAUUGAUCCGUAACUUCCUUGGAAGAAAGAACCUUGUCAACAAGACCUUGGUGGAUGAGAGAUUUCUAAUAUGAAAAUAUUUCAGAUGUCAAUAUUAGUGUUGUUACUGUUUAGUGGCUUUUUUAACUUCACUUAUUUUUUGUAUUGUCUUUUUCACCCAAAGUAUUUUUUAACUUUUGUUUUAUGAUGUAAAUAUUUAAUUUUUGUAUAGAAAGAGGAUGUUUAAAUUUUGAAUAAAACAUUUUGA